CGUGGUCACAGAGACAGGAGAGAGCAACCCAUUGCUAACCGUUGAGUGACACGGCUAAACCCUCAAUCAGUUUAGAUUUUACCUUGUUUUAAACCUGACUGACUGACUGAGUGGCACGGCGGAACUCUAAAUCAGUGAUACCUCUGAGACCUGUUAACCCUAUGAGUGCCCUGUCCUCAUCGUCAUGACAUCAUGCUACCUCUUCCUCCUUAUCUACCUCACUGCUAUCUGCUGCUGCUGGGGUACCUCCGAUGCCAAGCGAGUUGAGACCUGCCACACACAAGAACAGUGUACACAGGUGGAGAAUGCCACCUCUGUCUUCCUCCAGUGUGUGGGCCUGCCGGCCAGGAGGACCGGUAGAGACCAUCUGCAGAACCUGAGGGACGCGGUGGAGGCCUCCUUAGACCUCUACUCCUUCAUGAGGUCCAGUCUGUCUCAAAGCCCGCUCACAGGUCUGGAGCUGAGCAUCAGUGUGAACCCGGAGGCAGAAGCCUACCAGAAGGAGGACCUGGUAAAGGUGUGGGUGAAGUUGAAGCUGAAACCUCUCCUGUCCAGUAUCUCCAGAGGGUUCCUCAUCUGCCUCAGCAACAAGAACUUCAGCUGCUCCACCUAUCAGACAAUGGUGCAGGAGAUGAGCGAUCACUUCUCGGAGAUGGAUCCUGUCAGACAGAGGUGGAUAUAUAUGUUCUUCAUGUACCCCUUCCUGUCCAGGACGGGCGCCGGCUGUGUGAUACCCAGGCAGAGCAGUAAGGACUGGCUGGUCAGGAAUUUUGGUUCUUUUAAGGCUGUUGCUCGUAUGAAGGACCUGAAAGCCCUCAACAUGGUCUUCAGCGGGUUGGAAGUGCUUGACCUGUUGACCUCUGAGCAGAAGGCGGAGUUGUUGCUCAGUCCGGGUGUGGAGAGCUUCGAGAACGGAACCCUGACUUUGUUGUUCCAUACCCUACUGACCGAAGUCAACCCCCCCGUGAAGAACAACCUCUGGACUACACCCGGGUACCUCAACGACCCCCCCUCCUAUACCCCCGCAUACCCUCCCGGAUCUGACAACAACCACUCACCCCAACACCCCCAAUCCCAGGAGAGCCUCCGAGAAGUGGUGAACGGGUUGAUGGGGGUCUUCAGGCCUUUCGGGAGCUUCAUCCGGGAGUUUGUGUCUCUUACACAAGAGAGGCCUCUCUCCGAGAUCCGAAGCAGCACUCUGACUCAGGUGGUGUUGAACUGGACACUGGCGGAGCUGGCCGGGAGGUACCGUCCCCAGGAGGGUCCGGAAGCCUGGCUGGACCCCCUUUUGGACGUGGAGGACUGGUACAACCACGUCGUGGUGCCUGUCCUCCGCCGCGUCCUGCCCCCAGAACAGACGCACAUACCCAGCCGCCUGAAGGCCGUCUUCCACAGAGUGUUCUACCUGAACGGCCACAUGGAGAACAUGGAGAACAUGGAGAACGAAACCGCUCCCCCGGACGUCUGCAGCAUCACCCUGGAGGAGAGGUCAUGUGGGUUAACCAAUGCUGUGGAGAAAGUGGCUCGAGUCCUUCACUGUGUUGCCCGUAGUAACCUGACUAUGUCGGAGGAGACUGUAAUGGGUCUGGUCAGGGAGUUGACGGGCCGACUGAACUCAUUGGUGCAAGACUUCUCUACAGCGAACUUCAGUGAACUGGCGCACCACUUCCGAGAGGUGUUUGGCCACGCCGAAUCCCCGGCUCUUACCCAUGAGAAUCUCAAUGACCCGGAAUUCAUCAGACUCUGGUUCCAGAUCAAACUGAAGCCACUUCUGCCUUCCAUCCCCACCCGCCUUCUGUCCUGCCUCAGCACAAAGAAUUUUACCUGCCCUGUCUACCAAGCCCUUGUAGAGGAGCUGAGUCUUAACAUAUACCUCAUGAAUCAAAAGGAUGAGCAAAAUAUCUACAGUUACUUCCUGUUCCCCUUCCUUUUGAAUCACAACUCUUCAGACCCACAAUGCAUCUCUUCAGCUAGUAGCAGCACAGAAUGGCUAACAAAGAACUUUGGCGGAUUCUCUGUAUUAGCUCCUCUGACAGAUUUUUAUUAUCUAAAUGCAAAUUUCUCAGCUUUGUCAGCCCUGAAGGUCCUCUCUCCAACGCAAACAGCAGAGCUGGUGUUGUUGUCACUUCCUGGACCAGGUAAAGAUGUCGUCAUCAACACAGUGUUUGACUUCCUGACUGCAUCACCAACGGAGAGGAGAUUCCCAGAGUUCCUCCAACAACUGGUUUUGCUCUCUGCUGAGGUGACUGUGCCCUGCCAAUCUUAUAAAAUAAUCUUUGAGCGUCUGUACAAGGCCUUGGAAAUAGUCCCUCUAGAGAUGGAACCUGUCGUCUGGUCCACCAUAGACCACCUGACACUGACCUCCCCAGCAGAUUGCCUGCCAAUGAAGUGCCCAGUAACACCAUCCAAUGAUACUAGAAUCUGUGAAGGAGUCAACAGUUAUGGACUGGAAAGUUAUUUGGACGUAUCAAAUUCAUCAGAUGUGCCCUGUAACUUUACCCUGGAAGAAUAUGCAUGUGCAUCGCUGAACAACUUCACUGCCGACAACCUAGUGUCUCUUCUGAAAUGUGAACUAACCAGCAACGCCUCUCAGUCUAAAGAGACCUGGAAGUUUCUCCUCACCAAAGUGACCUCUGUCUUGGACAACGCUCUGGACGUGUUCUCCAAUAUGUCCAUGCCAUUGAUUGGCCCAGCAGUAUCUGAGGUGCUGGAUGUGAUUGGAGAGAUCCGACUCAACCUUCUGACUGACGAACAGCUGAGAAACAGUGAUGUCAUCAGGACGUGGUUCUCUCAGCGUCUGAGCGUGUUCCUUCCGUCAGCAUCAGCAGGGUUUCUGCACUGCCUGAGUACCCGGAACCUCAGCUGUGACUCCUACCAACAGAUACUUAAGGAGUUCGGCAAACAUUUCAACCAGAUGGGUCCGAUGAGACAAGAGCUUGUGUUGAAAUUCUUCAUUGUUCCCUUCCUGAGCCAAAACUCCUCAGGCCCUGGCUGUGUGUCCAACUCUAACGGCAGUGUGGACUGGUUGCAGAAGAACUUGGGUCCAUUUUCAGCCCUGGUGUCCAUCACAGAACUGCUGAACCUCAACACAGCCUUCUCUCCACUGUCAGCCUUGGAAGUUCUCUCUCCAAAGCAGACAGCAGAGCUGGUGGUGUUGUCACUUCCUGGACCAGGUAAUGAUGUCAUCAUCAACACAGUGUUUGACUUCCUGACUGCAUCGCCAACGGAGAGGAGAUUCCCAGAGUUCCUGCAACAACUGGUUUUGCUCUCUGCUGAGACCCCAGUUAGAUGCCCAGUCUACCAGAUCAUCUUUGUGAGGCUCUACCAAGCCAUGUCAGCUUUGCCCAGUCAGUUGGAGCCAAUCAUCUGGGCCAGUGUCUAUGACCUCACAGCAUCUGCACCAAUAGAUUGUGUUCUGAUACCAGUUGACCAACAGUGUCCGAUGUCACCUAACAAUGCGACAAGUGUCUGUGCUGGAGUUGACAGCUCUACUCUACAACACCUCUUGGACUCAGGGAUCAUGACUGGAGAUCUAUGUAACUACAGCAUCAGACAAUACGCCUGUUCACAGCUGACAAACCUCACAGUUGACAAUCUGGUCACGCUGCUGAAAUGCAAACUAUCAGAAAACAACACCUACUCUACAGAGACCUGGAAGCUGUUCUUGACUAAAGCUUCUGCAGUUCUGGAUCAGGCUCUGGACAUUCUCUCCAACCAGUCCAAGCCUUUGAUUGGCCCAGCGGUAUCCCAGGCCCUAGAUGUGAUUGGACAGAUCCGGGUCAACAGGCUGACCGAAAAUCAGCUGAGAAACAGUGAUGUCAUCAGGACGUGGUUCUCAGGGCGUCUGAGCGUGUUCCUUCCAUCAGCAUCAGCAGGGUUUCUGUUCUGCCUGAGUACCCGGAACCUGAGCUGUGACUCCUACCAAGCUGUAGUGACUGGGUUUGGAGCCCAGUUUGAUGAGAUGAGCCCAGCACAGCAGCUGUUGGUUCUGAAUGACCUGAUCAUCCCCUUCCUGUCUGGACCCACAUCAGGCGGUGGCUGUGUGUCCACCUCUAACGGCAGUGUGGACUGGCUGCAGAAGAACUUUGGGCCGUUUUCAGCCCUGGUGUCCAUCACAGAACUGCUGAACCUCAACACAGCCUUCACUCCGUUGUCCGCCCUGACAGUUCUCUCUCCAAAGCAGACUGCAGAGCUGGUGGUGUUUUCUCUUCCUGGUCUUCCAGGUAAAGAUGUCGUCAUCAACACAGUGUUUGACUUCCUGAUUGCAUCGCCAACGGAGAGGAGAUUCCCAGAGUUCCUCCAACAACUGGUCAUAUUCUCUGCACAGAUAAUGCUUCCUUGUGAUACGUAUAAGAUCAUCUUUGAGCGUCUGUACCAGGUCUCAUCGUCAGUUCCUCUAGAGAUGGAACCUGUCGUCUGGUCCACCAUAGACCACCUGACACUGACCUCCCCAGCAGAUUGCCUGCCAAUGAAGUGCCCAGUAACACCAUCCAAUGAUACUAGAAUCUGUGAAGGAGUCAACAGUUAUGGACUGGAAAGUUAUUUGGACGUAUCAAAUUCAUCAGAUGUGCCCUGUAACUUUACCCUGGAAGAAUAUGCAUGUGCAUCGCUGAACAACUUCACUGCCGACAACCUAGUGUCUCUUCUGAAAUGUGAACUAACCAGCAACGCCUCUCAGUCUAAAGAGACCUGGAAGUUUCUCCUCACCAAAGUGACCUCUGUCUUGGACAACGCUUUGGACGUGUUCUCCAAUAUGUCCAUGCCAUUGAUUGGCCCAGCAGUAUCUGAGGUGCUGGAUGUGAUUGGAGAGAUCCGACUCAACCUUCUGACUGACGAACAGCUGAGAAACAGUGAUGUCAUCAGGACGUGGUUCUCUCAGCGUCUGAGCGUGUUCCUUCCGUCAGCAUCAGCAGGGUUUCUGCACUGCCUGAGUACCCGGAACCUCAGCUGUGACUCCUACCAACAGAUACUUAAGGAGUUCGGCAAACAUUUCAACCAGAUGGGUCCGAUGAGACAAGAGCUUGUGUUGAAAUUCUUCAUUGUUCCCUUCCUGAGCCAAAACUCCUCAGGCCCUGGCUGUGUGUCCAACUCUAACGGCAGUGUGGACUGGUUGCAGAAGAACUUGGGUCCAUUUUCAGCCCUGGUGUCCAUCACAGAACUGCUGAACCUCAACACAGCCUUCUCUCCACUGUCAGCCUUGGAAGUUCUCUCUCCAAAGCAGACAGCAGAGCUGGUGGUGUUGUCACUUCCUGGACCAGGUAAUGAUGUCAUCAUCAACACAGUGUUUGACUUCCUGACUGCAUCGCCAACGGAGAGGAGAUUCCCAGAGUUCCUGCAACAACUGGUUUUGCUCUCUGCUGAGACCCCAGUUAGAUGCCCAGUCUACCAGAUCAUCUUUGUGAGGCUCUACCAAGCCAUGUCAGCUUUGCCCAGUCAGUUGGAGCCAAUCAUCUGGGCCAGUGUCUAUGACCUCACAGCAUCUGCACCAAUAGAUUGUGUUCUGAUACCAGUUGACCAACAGUGUCCGAUGUCACCUAACAAUGCGACAAGUGUCUGUGCUGGAGUUGACAGCUCUACUCUACAACACCUCUUGGACACAGGGAUCAUGACUGGAGAUCUAUGUAACUACAGCAUCAGACAAUACGCCUGUUCACAGCUGACAAACCUCACAGUUGACAAUCUGGUCACGCUGCUGAAAUGCAAACUAUCAGAAAACAACACCUACUCUACAGAGACCUGGAAGCUGUUCUUGACUAAAGCUUCUGCAGUUCUGGAUCAGGCUCUGGACAUUCUCUCCAACCAGUCCAAGCCUUUGAUUGGCCCAGCGGUAUCCCAGGCCCUAGAUGUGAUUGGACAGAUCCGGGUCAACAGGCUGACCGAAAAUCAGCUGAGAAACAGUGAUGUCAUCAGGACGUGGUUCUCAGGGCGUCUGAGCGUGUUCCUUCCAUCAGCAUCAGCAGGGUUUCUGUUCUGCCUGAGUACCCGGAACCUGAGCUGUGACUCCUACCAAGCUGUAGUGACUGGGUUUGGAGCCCAGUUUGAUGAGAUGAGCCCAGCACAGCAGCUGUUGGUUCUGAAUGACCUGAUCAUCCCCUUCCUGUCUGGACCCACAUCAGGCGGUGGCUGUGUGUCCACCUCUAACGGCAGUGUGGACUGGCUGCAGAAGAACUUUGGUCCGUUUUCUGCCCUGGUGUCCAUCACAGAACUGCUGAAUCUCAACACAGCCUUCACUCCGUUGUCCGCCCUGACAGUUCUCUCUCCAAAGCAGACUGCAGAGCUGGUGGUGUUUUCUCUUCCUGGUCUUCCAGGUAAAGAUGUCGUCAUCAACACAGUGUUUGACUUCCUGAUUGCAUCGCCAACGGAGAGGAGAUUCCCAGAGUUCCUCCAACAACUGGUCAUAUUCUCUGCACAGAUAAUGCUUCCUUGUGAUACGUAUAAGAUCAUCUUUGAGCGUCUGUACCAGGUCUCAUCGUCAGUUCCUCUAGAGAUGGAACCUGUCGUCUGGUCCACCAUAGACCACCUGACACUGACCUCCCCAGCAGAUUGCCUGCCAAUGAAGUGCCCAGUAACACCAUCCAAUGAUACUAGAAUCUGUGAAGGAGUCAACAGUUAUGGACUGGAAAGUUAUUUGGACGUAUCAAAUUCAUCAGAUGUGCCCUGUAACUUUACCCUGGAAGAAUAUGCAUGUGCAUCGCUGAACAACUUCACUGCCGACAACCUAGUGUCUCUUCUGAAAUGUGAACUAACCAGCAACGCCUCUCAGUCUAAAGAGACCUGGAAGUUUCUCCUCACCAAAGUGACCUCUGUCUUGGACAACGCUCUGGACGUGUUCUCCAAUAUGUCCAUGCCAUUGAUUGGCCCAGCAGUAUCUGAGGUGCUGGAUGUGAUUGGAGAGAUCCGACUCAACCUUCUGACUGACGAACAGCUGAGAAACAGUGAUGUCAUCAGGACGUGGUUCUCUCAGCGUCUGAGCGUGUUCCUUCCGUCAGCAUCAGCAGGGUUUCUGCACUGCCUGAGUACCCGGAACCUCAGCUGUGACUCCUACCAACAGAUACUUAAGGAGUUCGGCAAACAUUUCAACCAGAUGGGUCCGAUGAGACAAGAGCUUGUGUUGAAAUUCUUCAUUGUUCCCUUCCUGAGCCAAAACUCCUCAGGCCCUGGCUGUGUGUCCAACUCUAACGGCAGUGUGGACUGGUUGCAGAAGAACUUGGGUCCAUUUUCAGCCCUGGUGUCCAUCACAGAACUGCUGAACCUCAACACAGCCUUCUCUCCACUGUCAGCCUUGGAAGUUCUCUCUCCAAAGCAGACAGCAGAGCUGGUGGUGUUGUCACUUCCUGGACCAGGUAAUGAUGUCAUCAUCAACACAGUGUUUGACUUCCUGACUGCAUCGCCAACGGAGAGGAGAUUCCCAGAGUUCCUGCAACAACUGGUUUUGCUCUCUGCUGAGACCCCAGUUAGAUGCCCAGUCUACCAGAUCAUCUUUGUGAGGCUCUACCAAGCCAUGUCAGCUUUGCCCAGUCAGUUGGAGCCAAUCAUCUGGGCCAGUGUCUAUGACCUCACAGCAUCUGCACCAAUAGAUUGUGUUCUGAUACCAGUUGACCAACAGUGUCCGAUGUCACCUAACAAUGCGACAAGUGUCUGUGCUGGAGUUGACAGCUCUACUCUACAACACCUCUUGGACACAGGGAUCAUGACUGGAGAUCUAUGUAACUACAGCAUCAGACAAUACGCCUGUUCACAGCUGACAAACCUCACAGUUGACAAUCUGGUCACGCUGCUGAAAUGCAAACUAUCAGAAAACAACACCUACUCUACAGAGACCUGGAAGCUGUUCUUGACUAAAGCUUCUGCAGUUCUGGAUCAGGCUCUGGACAUUCUCUCCAACCAGUCCAAGCCUUUGAUUGGCCCAGCGGUAUCCCAGGCCCUAGAUGUGAUUGGACAGAUCCGGGUCAACAGGCUGACCGAAAAUCAGCUGAGAAACAGUGAUGUCAUCAGGACGUGGUUCUCAGGGCGUCUGAGCGUGUUCCUUCCAUCAGCAUCAGCAGGGUUUCUGUUCUGCCUGAGUACCCGGAACCUGAGCUGUGACUCCUACCAAGCUGUAGUGACUGGGUUUGGAGCCCAGUUUGAUGAGAUGAGCCCAGCACAGCAGCUGUUGGUUCUGAAUGACCUGAUCAUCCCCUUCCUGUCUGGACCCACAUCAGGCGGUGGCUGUGUGUCCACCUCUAACGGCAGUGUGGACUGGCUGCAGAAGAACUUUGGUCCGUUUUCUGCCCUGGUGUCCAUCACAGAACUGCUGAAUCUCAACACAGCCUUCACUCCGUUGUCCGCCCUGACAGUUCUCUCUCCAAAGCAGACUGCAGAGCUGGUGGUGUUUUCUCUUCCUGGUCUUCCAGGUAAAGAUGUCGUCAUCAACACAGUGUUUGACUUCCUGAUUGCAUCGCCAACGGAGAGGAGAUUCCCAGAGUUCCUCCAACAACUGGUCAUAUUCUCUGCACAGAUAAUGCUUCCUUGUGAUACGUAUAAGAUCAUCUUUGAGCGUCUGUACCAGGUCUCAUCGUCAGUUCCUCUAGAGAUGGAACCUGUCGUCUGGUCCACCAUAGACCACCUGACACUGACCUCCCCAGCAGAUUGCCUGCCAAUGAAGUGCCCAGUAACACCAUCCAAUGAUACUAGAAUCUGUGAAGGAGUCAACAGUUAUGGACUGGAAAGUUAUUUGGACGUAUCAAAUUCAUCAGAUGUGCCCUGUAACUUUACCCUGGAAGAAUAUGCAUGUGCAUCGCUGAACAACUUCACUGCCGACAACCUAGUGUCUCUUCUGAAAUGUGAACUAACCAGCAACGCCUCUCAGUCUAAAGAGACCUGGAAGUUUCUCCUCACCAAAGUGACCUCUGUCUUGGACAACGCUCUGGACGUGUUCUCCAAUAUGUCCAUGCCAUUGAUUGGCCCAGCAGUAUCUGAGGUGCUGGAUGUGAUUGGAGAGAUCCGACUCAACCUUCUGACUGACGAACAGCUGAGAAACAGUGAUGUCAUCAGGACGUGGUUCUCUCAGCGUCUGAGCGUGUUCCUUCCGUCAGCAUCAGCAGGGUUUCUGCACUGCCUGAGUACCCGGAACCUCAGCUGUGACUCCUACCAACAGAUACUUAAGGAGUUCGGCAAACAUUUCAACCAGAUGGGUCCGAUGAGACAAGAGCUUGUGUUGAAAUUCUUCAUUGUUCCCUUCCUGAGCCAAAACUCCUCAGGCCCUGGCUGUGUGUCCAACUCUAACGGCAGUGUGGACUGGUUGCAGAAGAACUUGGGUCCAUUUUCAGCCCUGGUGUCCAUCACAGAACUGCUGAACCUCAACACAGCCUUCUCUCCACUGUCAGCCUUGGAAGUUCUCUCUCCAAAGCAGACAGCAGAGCUGGUGGUGUUGUCACUUCCUGGACCAGGUAAUGAUGUCAUCAUCAACACAGUGUUUGACUUCCUGACUGCAUCGCCAACGGAGAGGAGAUUCCCAGAGUUCCUGCAACAACUGGUUUUGCUCUCUGCUGAGACCCCAGUUAGAUGCCCAGUCUACCAGAUCAUCUUUGUGAGGCUCUACCAAGCCAUGUCAGCUUUGCCCAGUCAGUUGGAGCCAAUCAUCUGGGCCAGUGUCUAUGACCUCACAGCAUCUGCACCAAUAGAUUGUGUUCUGAUACCAGUUGACCAACAGUGUCCGAUGUCACCUAACAAUGCGACAAGUGUCUGUGCUGGAGUUGACAGCUCUACUCUACAACACCUCUUGGACACAGGGAUCAUGACUGGAGAUCUAUGUAACUACAGCAUCAGACAAUACGCCUGUUCACAGCUGACAAACCUCACAGUUGACAAUCUGGUCACGCUGCUGAAAUGCAAACUAUCAGAAAACAACACCUACUCUACAGAGACCUGGAAGCUGUUCUUGACUAAAGCUUCUGCAGUUCUGGAUCAGGCUCUGGACAUUCUCUCCAACCAGUCCAAGCCUUUGAUUGGCCCAGCGGUAUCCCAGGCCCUAGAUGUGAUUGGACAGAUCCGGGUCAACAGGCUGACCGAAAAUCAGCUGAGAAACAGUGAUGUCAUCAGGACGUGGUUCUCAGGGCGUCUGAGCGUGUUCCUUCCAUCAGCAUCAGCAGGGUUUCUGUUCUGCCUGAGUACCCGGAACCUGAGCUGUGACUCCUACCAAGCUGUAGUGACUGGGUUUGGAGCCCAGUUUGAUGAGAUGAGCCCAGCACAGCAGCUGUUGGUUCUGAAUGACCUGAUCAUCCCCUUCCUGUCUGGACCCACAUCAGGCGGUGGCUGUGUGUCCACCUCUAACGGCAGUGUGGACUGGCUGCAGAAGAACUUUGGGCCGUUUUCUGCCCUGGUGUCCAUCACAGAACUGCUGAAUCUCAACACAGCCUUCACUCCGUUGUCCGCCCUGACAGUUCUCUCUCCAAAGCAGACUGCAGAGCUGGUGGUGUUUUCUCUUCCUGGUCUUCCAGGUAAAGAUGUCGUCAUCAACACAGUGUUUGACUUCCUGAUUGCAUCGCCAACGGAGAGGAGAUUCCCAGAGUUCCUCCAACAACUGGUCAUAUUCUCUGCACAGAUAAUGCUUCCUUGUGAUACGUAUAAGAUCAUCUUUGAGCGUCUGUACCAGGUCUCAUCGUCAGUUCCUCUAGAGAUGGAACCUGUCGUCUGGUCCACCAUAGACCACCUGACACUGACCUCCCCAGCAGAUUGCCUGCCAAUGAAGUGCCCAGUAACACCAUCCAAUGAUACUAGAAUCUGUGAAGGAGUCAACAGUUAUGGACUGGAAAGUUAUUUGGACGUAUCAAAUUCAUCAGAUGUGCCCUGUAACUUUACCCUGGAAGAAUAUGCAUGUGCAUCGCUGAACAACUUCACUGCCGACAACCUAGUGUCUCUUCUGAAAUGUGAACUAACCAGCAACGCCUCUCAGUCUAAAGAGACCUGGAAGUUUCUCCUCACCAAAGUGACCUCUGUCUUGGACAACGCUCUGGACGUGUUCUCCAAUAUGUCCAUGCCAUUGAUUGGCCCAGCAGUAUCUGAGGUGCUGGAUGUGAUUGGAGAGAUCCGACUCAACCUUCUGACUGACGAACAGCUGAGAAACAGUGAUGUCAUCAGGACGUGGUUCUCUCAGCGUCUGAGCGUGUUCCUUCCGUCAGCAUCAGCAGGGUUUCUGCACUGCCUGAGUACCCGGAACCUCAGCUGUGACUCCUACCAACAGAUACUUAAGGAGUUCGGCAAACAUUUCAACCAGAUGGGUCCGAUGAGACAAGAGCUUGUGUUGAAAUUCUUCAUUGUUCCCUUCCUGAGCCAAAACUCCUCAGGCCCUGGCUGUGUGUCCAACUCUAACGGCAGUGUGGACUGGUUGCAGAAGAACUUGGGUCCAUUUUCAGCCCUGGUGUCCAUCACAGAACUGCUGAACCUCAACACAGCCUUCUCUCCACUGUCAGCCUUGGAAGUUCUCUCUCCAAAGCAGACAGCAGAGCUGGUGGUGUUGUCACUUCCUGGACCAGGUAAUGAUGUCAUCAUCAACACAGUGUUUGACUUCCUGACUGCAUCGCCAACGGAGAGGAGAUUCCCAGAGUUCCUGCAACAACUGGUUUUGCUCUCUGCUGAGACCCCAGUUAGAUGCCCAGUCUACCAGAUCAUCUUUGUGAGGCUCUACCAAGCCAUGUCAGCUUUGCCCAGUCAGUUGGAGCCAAUCAUCUGGGCCAGUGUCUAUGACCUCACAGCAUCUGCACCAAUAGAUUGUGUUCUGAUACCAGUUGACCAACAGUGUCCGAUGUCACCUAACAAUGCGACAAGUGUCUGUGCUGGAGUUGACAGCUCUACUCUACAACACCUCUUGGACACAGGGAUCAUGACUGGAGAUCUAUGUAACUACAGCAUCAGACAAUACGCCUGUUCACAGCUGACAAACCUCACAGUUGACAAUCUGGUCACGCUGCUGAAAUGCAAACUAUCAGAAAACAACACCUACUCUACAGAGACCUGGAAGCUGUUCUUGACUAAAGCUUCUGCAGUUCUGGAUCAGGCUCUGGACAUUCUCUCCAACCAGUCCAAGCCUUUGAUUGGCCCAGCGGUAUCCCAGGCCCUAGAUGUGAUUGGACAGAUCCGGGUCAACAGGCUGACCGAAAAUCAGCUGAGAAACAGUGAUGUCAUCAGGACGUGGUUCUCAGGGCGUCUGAGCGUGUUCCUUCCAUCAGCAUCAGCAGGGUUUCUGUUCUGCCUGAGUACCCGGAACCUGAGCUGUGACUCCUACCAAGCUGUAGUGACUGGGUUUGGAGCCCAGUUUGAUGAGAUGAGCCCAGCACAGCAGCUGUUGGUUCUGAAUGACCUGAUCAUCCCCUUCCUGUCUGGACCCACAUCAGGCGGUGGCUGUGUGUCCACCUCUAACGGCAGUGUGGACUGGCUGCAGAAGAACUUUGGGCCGUUUUCUGCCCUGGUGUCCAUCACAGAACUGCUGAAUCUCAACACAGCCUUCACUCCGUUGUCCGCCCUGACAGUUCUCUCUCCAAAGCAGACUGCAGAGCUGGUGGUGUUUUCUCUUCCUGGUCUUCCAGGUAAAGAUGUCGUCAUCAACACAGUGUUUGACUUCCUGAUUGCAUCGCCAACGGAGAGGAGAUUCCCAGAGUUCCUCCAACAACUGGUCAUAUUCUCUGCACAGAUAAUGCUUCCUUGUGAUACGUAUAAGAUCAUCUUUGAGCGUCUGUACCAGGUCUCAUCGUCAGUUCCUCUAGAGAUGGAACCUGUCGUCUGGUCCACCAUAGACCACCUGACACUGACCUCCCCAGCAGAUUGCCUGCCAAUGAAGUGCCCAGUAACACCAUCCAAUGAUACUAGAAUCUGUGAAGGAGUCAACAGUUAUGGACUGGAAAGUUAUUUGGACGUAUCAAAUUCAUCAGAUGUGCCCUGUAACUUUACCCUGGAAGAAUAUGCAUGUGCAUCGCUGAACAACUUCACUGCCGACAACCUAGUGUCUCUUCUGAAAUGUGAACUAACCAGCAACGCCUCUCAGUCUAAAGAGACCUGGAAGUUUCUCCUCACCAAAGUGACCUCUGUCUUGGACAACGCUCUGGACGUGUUCUCCAAUAUGUCCAUGCCAUUGAUUGGCCCAGCAGUAUCUGAGGUGCUGGAUGUGAUUGGAGAGAUCCGACUCAACCUUCUGACUGACGAACAGCUGAGAAACAGUGAUGUCAUCAGGACGUGGUUCUCUCAGCGUCUGAGCGUGUUCCUUCCGUCAGCAUCAGCAGGGUUUCUGCACUGCCUGGGCACCCGGAACCUCAGCUGUGACUCCUACCAACAGAUACUUAAGGAGUUCGGCAAACAUUUCAACCAGAUGGGUCCGAUGAGACAAGAGCUUGUGUUGAAAUUCUUCAUUGUUCCCUUCCUGAGCCAAAACUCCUCAGGCCCUGGCUGUGUGUCCAACUCUAACGGCAGUGUGGACUGGUUGCAGAAGAACUUGGGUCCAUUUUCAGCCCUGGUGUCCAUCACAGAACUGCUGAACCUCAACACAGCCUUCUCUCCACUGUCAGCCUUGGAAGUUCUCUCUCCAAAGCAGACAGCAGAGCUGGUGGUGUUGUCACUUCCUGGACCAGGUAAUGAUGUCAUCAUCAACACAGUGUUUGACUUCCUGACUGCAUCGCCAACGGAGAGGAGAUUCCCAGAGUUCCUGCAACAACUGGUUUUGCUCUCUGCUGAGACCCCAGUUAUAUGCCCAGUCUACCAGAUCAUCUUUGUGAGGCUCUACCAAGCCAUGUCAGCUUUGCCCAGUCAGUUGGAGCCAAUCAUCUGGGCCAGUGUCUAUGACCUCACAGCAUCUGCACCAAUAGAUUGUGUUCUGAUACCAGUUGACCAACAGUGUCCGAUGUCACCUAACAAUGCGACAAGUGUCUGUGCUGGAGUUGACAGCUCUACUCUACAACACCUCUUGGACACAGGGAUCAUGACUGGAGAUCUAUGUAACUACAGCAUCAGACAAUACGCCUGUUCACAGCUGACAAACCUCACAGUUGACAAUCUGGUCACGCUGCUGAAAUGCAAACUAUCAGAAAACAACACCUACUCUACAGAGACCUGGAAGCUGUUCUUGACUAAAGCUUCUGCAGUUCUGGAUCAGGCUCUGGACAUUCUCUCCAACCAGUCCAAGCCUUUGAUUGGCCCAGCGGUAUCCCAGGCCCUAGAUGUGAUUGGACAGAUCCGGGUCAACAGGCUGACCGAAAAUCAGCUGAGAAACAGUGAUGUCAUCAGGACGUGGUUCUCAGGGCGUCUGAGCAUGUUCCUUCCAUCAGCAUCAGCAGGGUUUCUGUUCUGCCUGAGUACCCGGAACCUGAGCUGUGACUCCUACCAAGCUGUAGUGACUGGGUUUGGAGCCCAGUUUGAUGAGAUGAGCCCAGCACAGCAGCUGUUGGUUCUGAAUGACCUGAUCAUCCCCUUCCUGUCUGGACCCACAUCAGGCGGUGGCUGUGUGUCCACCUCUAACGGCAGUGUGGACUGGCUGCAGAAGAACUUUGGUCCGUUUUCAGCCCUGGUGUCCAUCACAGAACUGCUGAAUCUCAACACAGCCUUCACUCCGUUGUCCGCCCUGACAGUUCUCUCUCCAAAGCAGACAGCAGAGCUGGUGGUGUUUUCUCUUCCUGGUCUUCCAGGUAAAGAUGUCGUCAUCAACACAGUGUUUGACUUCCUGACUGCAUCGCCAACAGAGAGGAGAUUCCCUGAGUUCUUACAACAACUGGCUGUGCUUUCUAUGAAGACCCCAGUUAGCUGCCCAGUCUACCAGAACAUCUUUGUGAGGCUCUCCCAAGCCAUGUCAGCUUUGCCCAGUCAGUUGGAGCCAAUCAUCUGGGCCAGUGUCUAUGACCUCACAGCAUCUGCACCAAUAGAUUGUGUUCUGGUACCAGCAGACCAACAGUGUCCGGCAUCAUCUAAUAAUUUGACAACAGUCUGUUCUGGAGUUGACAGCUCUACUCUACAACACCUCUUGGACACAGGGAUCAUGACUGGAGAUCUAUGUAACUACAGCAUCAGACAAUACGCCUGUUCACAGCUGACAAACCUCACAGCUGACAAUCUGGUCACGCUGCUGAAAUGCAAACUGUCAGAAAACAACACCUACUCUACAGAGACCUGGAAGCUGUUCUUGACUAAAGCUUCUGCAGUUCUGGAUCAGGCUCUGGACAUUCUCUCCAACCAGUCCAAGCCAUUGAUUGGCCCAGCGGUAUCCCAGGCACUAGAUGUGAUUGGACAGAUCCGGGUCAACAGGCUGACUGAAGAUCAGCUGAGAAACAGUGAUGUCAUCAGGACGUGGUUCUCUCAGCGUCUGAGCGUGUUCCUUCCGUCAGCAUCAGCAGGGUUUCUGCACUGCCUGAGUACCCGGAACCUCAGCUGUGACUCCUACCAAGCUGUAGUGACUGGGUUUGGAGCCCAGUUUGAUGAGAUGAGCCCAGCACAGCAGCUGUUGGUUCUGAAUGACCUGAUCAUCCCCUUCCUGUCUGGACCCACAUCAGGCGGUGGCUGUGUGUCCACCUCGAACGGCAGUGUGGACUGGCUGCAGAAGAACUUUGGGCCGUUUUCAGUCCUGGUGUCCCUAGGGGACCUGCUGACACUCAACACCGGCUUCACUCCGUUGUCAGUCCUGGAUCUUCUCUCUCCAAAGCAGACAGCAGAGCUGGUGGUGUUUUCUCUUCCUGGUCUUCCAGGUAAAGAUGUCGUCAUCAACACAGUGUUUGACUUCCUGACUGCAUCGCCAACAGAGAGGAGAUUCCCUGAGUUCUUACAACAACUGGCUGUGCUUUCUAUGAAGACCCCAGUUAGCUGCCCAGUCUACCAGAACAUCUUUGUGAGGCUCUCCCAAGCCAUGUCAGCUUUGCCCAGUCAGUUGGAGCCAAUCAUCUGGGCCAGUGUCUAUGACCUCACAGCAUCUGCACCAAUAGAUUGUGUUCUGGUACCAGCAGACCAACAGUGUCCGACAUCAUCUAAUAAUUUGACAACAGUCUGUUCUGGAGUUGACAGCUCUACUCUACAACACCUCUUGGACACAGGGAUCAUGACUGGAGAUCUAUGUAACUACAGCAUCAGACAAUACGCCUGUUCACAGCUGACAAACCUCACAGCUGACAAUCUGGUCACGCUGCUGAAAUGCAAACUAUCAGAAAACAACACCUACUCUACAGAGACCUGGAAGCUGUUCUUGACUAAAGCUUCUGCAGUUCUGGAUCAGGCUCUGGACAUUCUCUCCAACCAGUCCAAGCCAUUGAUUGGCCCAGCGGUAUCCCAGGCACUAGAUGUGAUUGGACAGAUCCGGGUCAACAGGCUGACUGAAGAUCAGCUGAGAAACAGUGAUGUCAUCAGGACGUGGUUCUCAGGGCGUCUGAGCGUGUUCCUUCCGUCAGCAUCAGCAGGGUUUCUGCACUGCCUGGGCACCCGGAACCUCAGCUGUGACUCCUACCAAGCUGUAGUGACUGGGUUUGGAGCCCAGUUUGAUGAGAUGAGCCCAGCACAGCAGCUGUUGGUUCUGAAUGACCUGAUCAUCCCCUUCCUGUCUCGACCCACAACAGGCGGUGGCUGUGUGUCCACCUCUAACAGCAGUGUGGACUGGCUGCAGAAGAACUUUGGGCCGUUUUCAGUCCUGGUGUCCAUCACAGAACUGCUGAACCUCAACACAGCCUUCACUCCGUUGUCCGCCCUGAAGAUUCUCUCUCCAAAGCAGACAGCAGAGCUGGUGGUGUUUUCUCUUCCUGGUCUUCCAGGUAAUGAUGUCAUCAUCAACACAGUGUUUGACUUCCUGACUGCAUCGCCAACGGAGAGGAGAUUCCCAGAGUUCCUGCAACAACUGGUCAGCUUGUCCCAACAGAACAAUAUAUCUUGUGCCUCCUACAAGCUCAUUUUCAACAGACUGGACCAGGCCGUACCUAUUGUUACCACGGAGAUAGUGUCAGCCCUCACCUCCAGCAAGACAGCCUUGCUACAGAGCCUCCCCCCAGGUUGCAUUGUCUUCACAGGAACGUGUAACUUCACACCAGUUAAUGAGACAGCCAUUUGUGCUGGUGUCAACAGCACUGCUCUACAGAGUUUCCUGAACAACGGGCAGAUCAGCACAGUCCUCUGUAAUUACAGCAUAGAUGUCUAUGCCUGUAGCUCGCUGUCAGUGUUGACGUCUGUCAACUUGGCGAGCCUGUUGAGAUGUGAGCUGAACGGUAACAGCAGCCAGUCGGUCGCGACCUGGAAGCUGUUCUUCUCUAAGGUGUCCGGGGUUCUGGACUCAGCCCUGGACCUCUUUGCCAACACGACCCUGGACCCCAGUUCUACGGCCGUGUCCCAGGUCCUGGACGCCAUCAGGGAAGUGAGGCUGGACAGCUUCAGUUCGGCUGAGCUAAACAGCCCGGACUUCAUCAACUUAUGGUUCAACAUCAGACUUGGCCCGUUCCUGCCUGCUGUCUCCAAUGACUUCCUGUCCUGCCUCAGCACAUACAACUUCAGCUGCUCCACCUACCAGAACAUCAUUCAGAUCCUGAGCAGCUACCAGUCAGCCAUGGUCGAGAACAGACAGAUAUCAGUCUACACCUACUUCAUCCAGCUCUUCCUCUCCAGAAACAACACAGCAGACCCUGGCUGUAGAUCUGGUGUCCUGAGCAGUGGAGACUGGCUGCUGAACAACCUUGGAGGAUUCUCUGUCUUUGUUUCCUUGGCGGACCUGCAGAGACUAUUUCCCAACUUCUCUGCGUUGGAUGUCCUGUCCCAGCUGUCAGUCCAGCAGCUGUCCCAGGUCGCUUCCACCCCAGGUCAGCUGAGCUCCGCUGCCGACGUCAGCAAGCUGAUGAAUAACGUCCCGAACUCCCUCUUCUACAGCUUCUUCACCGACUUCUCCACCGCCAUCACUGGCCGUGAGUCCUUGUACCCAGUGGCUGUGCUUUCCGCCAUGCUCCAGCAGCUCUUUGACCGCGGGAACCUGUCAAGCCCGUUCAUCAGCGACCAGCAAGUGUUCACCUGGCUCCGCCCCCUGCUGGUCUACCUGCCCCCAGACCAGGCCACUCAACUCUUCAGUGUGAUUGGGCAGAGGAGCUGUAGCUUUGGAACACAGAUUGUUGUGUUCCUGAAUGCCAACCUCGCUACGCUUCAGAACAGCACACAGACAAACAUCUUCAGUCAGAUACUCGUCUCUCUGCAAGGCUCCGCUCCACUCCGUUGCUACAACAACAGCCAGAGUUUCUACGGUUUCCUGCAAAGUUCCUUCCUGAGUUUCGGGUUCCCCAACCUGAGCACCUUCUUGUCCCUCAUGCCUCCCAGCCAAAUGCAACAGCUGGUGAACUCUCUGUCCAUCUCUGACCUCGGGAGUUUCCUCAACCUCCCUGGCGUUGUCGAUGACAACACAAAGCUCUGCCUGCUCUACAGCAUCUACAUCCAGACCCCACAAUUCCUGGUUAAUGUGAGCAUCCCCGACCCCCUGAGACGACCCACGUUGACUUGCGUCUGGCCCCAGGCGCUCAGCAGCAGCCAGAGGUCAGAGGUCAAUGCCUGGUUUGACCUGCGGCUAAAGAACUAUCUGCCCUACCUCACCAAGAGCCUGGUGACCUCCCCCCUUGUCCAGACGGCGACCUGCCUGGCCUACCAGAAACUCAUCUCUGUUCUGGGGAGUUUCAACUACAGUGCCACUGACUUUGUGAUGGCAGAUGUGUACAUGUUUGACAUCAAGAACUACCUCAACUCAGCGUCUAAUCCAAAGUGUUACAACCAAAGUGACCCGGAGCUCAACUCCACUGCCUGGUUCGCUCUGAACAUCGGUUCCUUCAUCAGUUACCUCACCCUGGAUGACCUCCAAACCUUCGGUUCAUCACAGACGUUGCAGGUUUUCACAGUGAACCAGGAGAACAUAGCUCUGCUGAACACAGCUAACUGGCCUCUGAACCUUACUGUCUACUACACAAACCUGGUCUACCAACAGGACAGCAACUUUAACCCCAUGCUUCUCCCAGCGGUGUUCUGGUGUACAGUCCCAGGCCCGGCCUUCAGCCAGCUCAACAUUCAGCAGACCAUGAUUGUUCUGCAGAACCUGAGUAGACUGUGUUCAAACGUGGACCCUCAGGUGGCGUCAGCUCUGGCCGCUAACAGUGGAGACAACAUAAACCAAAACACCAUCGCUGCCCUCGGCAACCAGAGUACAGGCCUAUCUGAGGGUCAGGUAUCCAUGGCACCCGCUAGCGUUCUAUGGGCCUCCCUCAACACUCUGAGCACUGUGACUGGCUGGAACCAGGGCCAGGCCAUGGCUAUCAUCCAAUCGCUGUUGAUGUCCGGAUUCCUUCAGUUCACCAAUGCGUCUGUAUUCAGCAUGCUGGGUUCCCUGGUGGUCGGCCUACCCUCAGCAGUCUUCGGCAAUGUCAGUGCCACCAAUCUCCUCAUAGCAUCCCAGAAUCCCUCAUUCGUGACAUACUUGUCGAAAGGCCCGAGCAUCUUAACACAGACCGUUGUCACUCAGCUCAUCACAUUGAACACCACUUCUGACGCCAUCCUCCAAAACAUUCCAGACAGCAUGUCCCCGCAGAUUCCCAGAUCAAUGCUGCUGGGCUUCUCCCCACAGAACAGCGUGGAGCUGGGAAGACUCAACCAGAAGCCCUGGAAACCGGAGCAGGCUGCCUUGUUCUUUGACACUGUGGCCGAAGGUUUUGACUCCAAUGAUCUGUCGUCCAGUGUACUUCAGGGAUUCACCAGCACCAGAGUGUCCAGUAUGUCCAACACUAAGGUCAAGAGCCUGAUCCUGGCCUGCAGGAGAGGCAGAGCCAAUAGGGUCGUUCUCAAUGAGGAACAGUUGACCUCUAUGUACAACUACAUCCAGAACGAGCCUGAUUUGACCAGCUACACCCUGUACCCACCCGAUGUGAUGCUCUACUACAAUUACAAACUGGUUCCUCCGAGCACCUGUAGGCAGUACUUCAGUAACCUGGGAAAUGCAGACUUCUCUGUUUUCUCCAACACUCUCAACUACAUGCAAACUGCACUGAUCAACAACGCCAAGACCUGCCUGGGUAUAAAGAGUACAGUUCUGAACAGCGACAUUGUGCAGGUUCUAGGUAACAUGGUGUGUGUUCUAGAUGGUUCCUACAUCCAGAACUCUGACCAACUCAUCCUGCAGAACUUACAGACCUGUAAUGACCUCAGUGACGGACAGGUGGCUGCCAUAGAAACGCUGCUGUUUAGUGGGGCGACGCAGUAUGGGGCCCCAGCCAACUGGACCCUACAGACCCUGAAAAGCCUGGGUUCUCUGCCUCUCUACCUGACCGCAUCCUUCUACAGCAAAUUCUCCACGAAUAUAAAGCAACAGUUCCUGGUGUUGUUGGGUGACAUGGGGAUUUCCAGACAGAAGAUCAGCAGGUUGAAAGCAGCCAUCAGACAGUCCAUCAUUAACCAGUCAAAGUCCAAACGCUCCAUAGUGACUAACUGCACAGAAACUGGACAGAUUACCCAGGUGACAAUCAGUGAACCUACGUUCCCCUUUAAUUACCUAACCGCGGCCGUGUUCAAUUCCUGCCUGACGGCCAAGACAGUCAACGACAACCUGGCUGCCAUCACUGCCAAGGUGGACGACCCGGCGUUCCUGAGCGUGGUACUGGCCAGACUCAGAGAGGCCUACCAAUCAACCAUCCCGGAGAUGAAGGUCCAAGUCCUGGGCCCGGCGUCUCGCGUUGCCACUUUCCUUGACAUCACAAUGUGGAACAUCACCACGAUCGACACACUCUCUGCCCUGAUGGACCCCACAUAUGGAGACUGGGACCCAAUAACGGUUCAAGCCAUCAUCAGUAAGUACCUGUCCAACCCAGGGAAUAUCCUGGGCAGUGCAGAGCUCAACUCCAUCAGAGGGACCAACCUGUGUUAUCUAGAUGUCAAUGUCCUGAAGACCAUUACCCAGAUGAGCCUGAGUCUGGCCAGUGCUCUGACCGUGACCAACUGCAGCCUUGAGGCGAAGCAAGUCCUGUUCUCCAUCGCUCAGGGGGCCUUCCAAACACGGGCCAGCACUGUCUCUGCCACGGCCUAUCAGCUCAUACAGCCCUACCUGGGUGGAGCUAACUACGCUUUUGUCCAGAUUCUGUCCGUCUCUAACAUCAGUAUGGACUUGUCCACCUUCACUGGCCUGGACCCUGGUGUUAUACUGAACCUGACCGUGACCCAGGUUAAAGGCCUGCUGGGUUCCAACCUGCUGCUGCUGACGAAUUACCAGAACCAGUCGGUGGUGAGGAAGUGGAUCAGCAACCAGUUCCAGAGCGACCUGGACAGCCUGGGCCUGGGUCUGACCGGGGGCAAGGCUGACCCCGUGUCUCCUGGGGUGGGCGUCAUCAUGAACUCCACCACUGCAGGCUUGGCCCCCGCUGGCAACACUACAGGGAGCGGAGAGACGAACAGGCCAGCAGUCGGCCUCCAACUUCUCCUCACAACGUUGACAGUCAGUGCCCUGUACUGGCUUCAGUGAUUUCUGACUGAAUUCACCCUGAUUUCAGAGUGAGUCAGAACAUAGAGGCUGGUCAUCAUAGGUUCAGGGCUGUGUGCAUUAAACUGAAAUGUGAAACAUGUAAGCUAAAAUGUUCAAACCGGAAAAAAAUAAUUAGCAUUCUUCAACAUUGUGCCUUAGGUUGUAACUGACAACAUCGUACAUUUUGCUGCACGCAGUUGCAUACAGAUCAUUUUAAAGAAUACAGAACAUAUAUCACUUUAGCUUUCAAUUCUGCACUGACACCAUUACUAUUCCUGUUCAAUUUAAAGUGUACUAAUUUUUAGUAAUUUUCUAUCCUGCCUUAGCAUGUGUUUGUAUCAUGGUGGCGGGAAUGAUGUUAGAAAUCUGAUCUUGUCUGCUGGUGGAAAUAUGAAGGUAUGACUGCACACAUACUUUUCAGUCAUUCUAUAUUUAUAUAUAUUUACAUACAAAAGAAGUGGUUGAAGGUUGUGAAACUCUUCUGAUCUGGACUGAUUCUUUGCCGUUAACAUGUUGCUAUGCUAAGUACUGUUGAACCUUAAUACCUGAUUCAUGGUUAUACUGAAUAGAAGAUGUUGAAUGUAUGGUUUAUUUAACAAAAAUAAUUAUUGUACUAUCCCCAUCCCAUCCCAUCCCCAGAAAAGUUGUUAAUGAAAUAAAGAUCUUCUAAAUUAAUAACUGAUAAUAAAAAGUUGAACAUG